AUGGUGCCUACAGCCAACAGUACUACAGCCAACAGUACUACAGCCAACAGUAGUACAGCCAACAGUACUACAGCCAACAGUAGUACAGCCAACAGUAGUACAGCCAACAGUACUACAGCCAACAGUAGUACAGCCAACAGUAGUACAGCCAACAGUACUACAGCCAACAGUAGUACAGCCAACAGUACUACAGCCAACAGUAGUACAGCCAACAGUAGUACAGCCAACAGUACUACAGCCAACAGUAGUACAGCCAACAGUAGUACAGCCAACAGUACUACAGCCAACAGUAGUACAGCCAACAGUACUACAGCCAACAGUAGUACAGCCAACAGUAGUACAGCCAACAGUAGUACAGCCAACAGUAGUACAGCCAACAGUACUACAGCCAACAGUAGUACAGCCAACAGUAGUACAGCCAACAGUAGUACAGCCAACAGUAGUACAGCCAACAGUACUACAGCCAACAGUAGUACAGCCAACAGUAGUACAGCCAACAGUACUACAGCCAACAGUAGUACAGCCAACAGUAGUACAGCCAACAGUAGUACAGCCAACAGUACUACAGCCAACAGUAGUACAGCCAACAGUAGUACAGCCAACAGUAGUACAGCCAACAGUAGUACAGCCAACAGUACUACAGCCAACAGUAGUACAGCCAACAGUAGUACAGCCAACAGUACUACAGCCAACAGUAGUACAGCCAACAGUACUACAGCCAACAGUAGUACAGCCAACAGUAGUACAGCCAACAGUAGUACAGCCAACAGUAGUACAGCCAACAGUACUACAGCCAACAGUAGUACAGCCAACAGUAGUACAGCCAACAGUACUACAGCCAACAGUACUACAGCCAACAGUAGUACAGCCAACAGUACUACAGCCAACAGUAGUACAGCCAACAGUACUACAGCCAACAGUAGUACAGCCAACAGUAGUACAGCCAACAGUACUACAGCCAACAGUAGUACAGCCAACAGUAGUACAGCCAACAGUACUACAGCCAACAGUAGUACAGCCAACAGUAGUACAGCCAACAGUACUACAGCCAACAGUAGUACAGCCAACAGUAGUACAGCCAACAGUACUACAGCCAACAGUAGUACAGCCAACAGUACUACAGCCAACAGUAGUACAGCCAACAGUAGUACAGCCAACAGUAGUACAGCCAACAGAGGCAGGUAA